AUGCCGCUACUUUCCAUGAGAAGUUUCAAGGGAAAUACCCGGAUACUUCUGGUUGUGAUAUUUGUGCUUAGCUGGGCGUCUAGACUGCUCUGGCUAACAAUACCGACCAGGCCGCGGUCGAAUUAUAAUGGGAGUGUGUUUCCAAAAACAUCACUGAGAGAUCUCUCUUCUCAGAAAUAUGUUGUAAUUUCCACAAGCAGUAAAAAGUACAUAGACGGUGAGUCAGAGGCAUUCAAUGAUGCAAAGAUAUGGCAGAGCAAGUUAAAUGAACAUGAAUCUAUAAAGACCAAAUUUGGCAUCCCGCGAAAUAACUUCUCCGACAUAAUAAAGGAUUUUAACAUCUCGUUGUAUAAAGAUAUCGAUCCAAAUCGUUUCUUUCUCAACGUCACAAAAACUCACGAGACAUCGGUCAAUCGCAAUGUACCGGAUACACGUCCUCCCGAGUGCGCCUCAGUAAAAUUUGAUAUUUUGUCACUUCCAGUGGCGUCCAUUGUGAUACCGCUACAUAACGAGCUGUGGUCUACAUUCGAGAGACUUAUCAAUAGCGUUCUGAAGAAUUCGCCCAAAGUGCUCGUACACGAAAUCAUCAUCAUAGACGACUUGAGUGACCUAGAACAUUUGAAAGCCCCGCUGGACAAGUAUGUGGAACAGUUCGACUUCAUGCGAAUACACAGAGCGCAAAAACGACUUGGGACGAUGGGAUCAAGGGUUGUGGGUACUAAAAUGGCCAAAGGGGAUGUGGUUGUUUUCCUGGACUCUCACGAUGAAGUUAAUGUUGGAUGGUUAGAACCUUUGUUGCACGAAUUAAGCAAAAACGGUACGGCCAUUGUUCAGCCAUCCAUUGACACAGUUGACGCACAAACCUUCGAAUACUUAAAGUUCUUCCAAAACAACUUCAGGGGACAUUUUAAAUGGAGUAUGGCGUUUAGUUUCGUUCCGAUACCGCCAAAGCAAAUGGCAGAGAUCAAAGCACAACCGACAAAAGCAUUCGACACCCCUGCAAUUGUAGGCUGCGCUUUUGCAGUUAACCGGGAAUACUUUCAAGACAUCGGAGGACUGGAUACAGGUAUGCGCACGUGGGGCGGAGAGGACGUAGAACUCUCUAUUAGAGUGUGGCUCUGUGGCGGAAGUAUGAAAAUUUCGCCAUGCUCUCACGUUGCCCAUAUUUUCAAAAAAGGACAUCCGUUCAAAAUGGAUUACUCUGAUCUCGUUUACAACAACAGGCGGACAGCUGAGAUGUGGCUCGGUGAUUAUAGGAAAUAUUUUUAUUACUUCAAUGCUGGAUUUGCCAAACCCCCAGAGCCAUCAGAUAAAUUCGAUAUUAUGGACACAGUCAAAAAGACGUUUAAAUGUAAAGACUUCCGGUGGCUUCUUGAAAACGUUUACCCGGAACUAGAAGUUCCACCCGAGGGAACUACUUAUUUUGGAAAUUUACGCAACGAUGGUUCCGGAAAAUGUUUUGGCACUGCAGAUUCUGUCGUUCUAAGAUCAUAUCCUUUACUGGUUUCGGCCGAAUGUUCUCUUUACUACAAGGCUAGAAAUUUUGCUUUGCUUGAAAACGGUCACUUAAUGAUGAAUGGAAAAUGUAUCAAAGUCAAAAAUGACUUCCUGAUAGUGGCACCGUGCAGUGUCGGGAUGGGUAAGUGGAAAUUGGAAGGAAAACUACUCAAGUACGCUGACGGCGUUCAUUCAAAAUGUGCCAUGCAAGUGUCCAAGAACGUGAACUCUGAGAUGAUACAGGUCAUUAAAUUAAUUUCGUGUAACAAUAUCAACAAAACAUCUGAGUGGGAAAUUGGGCAGAAACUGUUCAAAAGUUAA